AUGAGACACGAAUACGGCGAUCCUUAUGAGAAACGACCAUCGUCCUACACAAUUCGUGCAAAAGCCGAUUACGAUGUGUAUAAGAGGCCCUCGGAGGGUCACGCGCAUCUUUCAGCCGAAAUGCGCCGUUGCGAAAACACCGCGGUGGGAAAGGCAACCUACCCUGAAGACUCUCAUUAUGAUCAGCUUUUGCAUAGAACUGAGGUUGCAGAAUUCGGCCGUCAAACGGCAAAAUCUGCUGCGCAAUCCCGUACGGGAUUCGAUCAGAAGUACCCACAGGGUUAUGGGACUAGUGACGCGAUCCAAGGCCACACUAUUCAAGCUAGGGACCAGCGCUGGUCUGACAAAUUCUGCCGAGAAGGCGAAGGCGCAUCAAGUCAGAAGCUAGUUGCUUGGGGAAAGCCAAAUCAGCGUCAACGCGGCGGAGAUUAG